AUGGGAUCAUUGGGCCUCGUCCCCAUUGUCCAUGCGAACUCUCUUCAUGAUGCUCCAAACGAGCGGGAUACUUCUCCAGUCUGCGGAGUUGCUGGACUGAAGAUACUACACCUCUUGGUUGGCAACGGUCAAUGCUGGCUCUUCUCCAGUGCUGCCACCUCCAACUUUGUCUCUAACGCGAAGAGCACCUACUCCUUCUUCGAUGUCACUUGCAACUUUGCCACACCGACGAUGACGUUCCGACAACGUCCAGUCUCCACCGCUACCACGCCUUCGAACCCGGCUGAUUCCCCUGCUCCACGAUCUGCCAGUCCCAUUCCAGAGAACAGCCCAGAUCUAGUAAUUCCCAGUGACUGGCAAGCGCCCAUGAACCCUCCUGCAUUCGUGGAGUCAUACACAUACAGCGAAGGGCCAUUGCCAACGGCUAUCGCUGAGGGAACACCUCCGAACUACGUUGGACUUCCAGCGACUACCCAAGGCCUCCCAGCCUUACCAUCAUGUAACAUCGACCCGAACGACUCCUCCAAGCAGUUCAAUCUUGCUGGCUCCAACUACAAUCCUGUUCUGGCUUCUGGGACGACUGCUCUAGUCCCCAUGACUGCUCCAACAUCAGAAGCUCAUGCUAGAUCGAUGGGAUGGCCAGGCGAACCCAUCAUCCCGCAAUUCUACUUUCAAAAGCCUAGUGGUGCCCCAGCAGGUAUAUAUGACCUUGUAAUGGCCGGCUCGCCCCCGAGAUACGUGGCUAAGGUAGGCACCGGCGUGGUUCUGACCGACUCUUCCACUGGCACUGCUGGAGCCACACGCGGCGGCAAGAAGAUGUACACAAGCGUCUUCCAAGUGAGCUGCAUUGGUCGUGUCACGGCCAUCCAAGGAACUCAGCAGUUUGCGUGGGACACCACAGGCGGCCCACUCACCUUCGCGGCGGGAAACUCGAACAAGUCGAUGGUCGCCACGCCUUACCGAGCUGUGGCACCGAAGCCUGUCCGUCGUACCAUUUCACUUUCCAAUAGCUCGAUGGUGGGCUUGCCCCUGGAACACCAUGAUCUUGCUCGACGAAGUAUUUACAAUUCUGGAGCUGCUCCUCGAUGCCCAGCCAUCCCCGAUCGACUGGUUGCAAAAAAGAAGUGGGACGCUCCCGUCUUCACAGAUAUCACAAACGCCGUUGGGUGCUUUGCUAUAGAAGCCAUCGGCGAGGCGCUUUUCGGCGACUUUUUCCCACCUCCUAACAACAUGGACGAGUGCUGUGAAGCACAAGGGCAAUGCUUUGCACACUGCCAAAAUGGCUAUUUCGAGCAAUGCAACAACAAUGUAGACAACUGCAUGUCCGAGAGCUGUCAAAUUUUCAAGGAGCACUGGUGGUUGUACCUGUUCUACGGCAUUUGCAAACUAUCUGCAAUCGCAUACUCGGAAUUGACCAAGACGGUGUACGGACGGAUUUCGUGGUUGUCGGAUAGCGUGAUUUACUGCACCUGCGACUGUCCGACAGGCGAAGGCCUCUGCAACAAUGCAGGUGAGUGUCUGACUUGCAAGAACCUCUUCGUCACGGAUAUCAAAAACUGCGGAAAAUGUGGACGUACUUGUCAAGAGAACUCCAGAUGUUCCGGUGGGACCUGUACUUGUCUCAAAGACAAGUGCGGCGACAAGUGCUUGAGUCUGCUAGACAAUCCUUAUACCUGUGGCCCAUGUGGCAACGUCUGCCAAUCUGAAUACUGUUGGCAAGGCAAAUGCUACGGUCCACCUCCCUGCAACUUCCACGGAAUCGAAAAUCACGACUUCAGCGACCAGAAAAAUGGCGGUGACAAUAGCUGGGUAUUCUCCAGCGAUAUCACAGACCCAAACCCAUCGGUCUGGCUGGAUUCCGGCUCCAAGGCAAAUCUAUUCCUUCGCUUCCCUACCAAUCAGGGGGCGUACUAUGCUCAAUUCGAGAAGGAAGUCGAGAUCUGUACUGGCAAGAACUACAACUUCAAGUGGAGUAAUUACCGUGACGGCGGCAGCGAUACUUGUACCAUCAGCAUGUGGGUUGGAGAUCGCAAAGUCGGCAGUCAAACCUUGGGAGCUUGGAACGACGACAGAAAUGGCCCCUUGCAAACGGAUGAUAGGCCGCAGUACGAGCCAACAGUCAGUGUGCCGGCGUUUUCCUUCCGAGAUGCGGAGGCCGGCUCAGGAGUGAGGAGGAAUGGAUUGAGCUUGUACGCGAAGGUGAAGGGCGUGGUGAGCUGUGAUGGGAACUGCGGCACCAAGUGCUCGACCCAACCUGGUGGCUUUGAUUACUAUACCACGGUGAGGUUUGGUGAUGUACAGAUGAGUACGUGA